UAAUCUGCCUGUCAGGAAGCCUUCGCGCCGCGGUGGUCCCAGGAUAUUGCUUGGGUCCACAGCUUGCGUGAGACGCCCCGGCCUGACGUCACAUCGUCCGGCUCAACUUCCGGUGGGACGUCGAGUGAUCGAAAGGGUGUUUGCCGUUGACGCUGAGGGAGAGCGCUGGCGGCGAGCUGGUUCCCGCGUCGUGUGGAGGUCGGUGUGACGGGAUUUGAAAAGGUUUUUCCAGCGGCUUUUUUUCCUUCUCCUUGAAUUUUCUUGUCUUGUGUGUGGGCGAGUAGUUCAGUGAUUUUUAAUGCCUGAGAAACUCCGGGGAGUCAAGUGGCGUGGGUGAGAGGAUUUGCCUGAGGGGAAAAAAUUUCUGGAAUCGCAAAUUUACAAUUAAAUUUCAGCAGCGCUGUGGGAUGGGGGUCGGCGGGGGAGUCUGGAUGGUUUGGGCUGGUUCCGGUGGGUUCCGGCUGGUCCCCGCUGGUUUUCCCGGCUGGUCCCCGCUGGUUUCGCGGCUGGUUCCCGCUGGUUUCGCCGGUUCGCACCACGUCUCGCGGAUGCCCGCGCUUUCGAGCUUUUGCGUUUUGGCCAUUUGUGGAGUAGUUCGUGCCGAUUUGGGGGGACGAGUCGAUCUUUUCUCAUCGUUUUUUUUUCUUCCUUGGCAGAGGUGGGGGGGCGGCGAGGAACGACCAAGACUUUAAAUCUCUGUCUCUCAUAUGUAUAUAUAGUUUCGAGUUUAAGUGGUAAAAUAGGGGGGUUGUUAUAUCUUUGAGAUUCUGGUGUUUUUUGAGGCUUUGAUGGUAAUGCGUUUGAUCGAAGAUAGGGCAGCCUCGCCGUAUUAUCGUUAAUAAUAUAAACGAGGAGAAAGAAAGUAAAGACCCAAGCUGCGCACGGUCAUUUGAUAACGUAGUCUUUUCAGGAUCGCUUCCUUCCCUCCCUACCCUCCUCUCCCGGAAUUAGGACUGCUAUAGGGUUUGAAACUGGUUUAAUGUUUAUAGAUCGUGAUUUUUCCAGGCAACUUUUCUGCUUUUAUAGAUUCAGUGCCAGGCAAUGGAACACGUUUUGGGUAACGUUGUCCCCGAUCUGGCUUAUUUUGUAGUCUGCGGAAUUUCGUUUGGACAGCAGAAAUGCUGCUUUUACGAGAUUUGAUAGGAAUUUUAGGAAGUAAUUGUUCAGUGUGUUAUUAACAGGUUUGUUUUUGUUGUUGUUGUUAAAAAAAAAAACCUUGGAGUGGCCUGGCGUAAUCUGCCCUCUUUUUCUGUGUAUUCCUUCAGAUUGUUUUUUCACUAUUCUGAUAAAUUGAUGAUUCUGAUAAAGUGAAUGCCUUGUAUCUUAAGAGCAGAAUCUUCGAAUGACUUUUGAAAAAUACCUUUAAAGUGUUUUUAAUGUCUAAAAAUAUCAUAAAAACUAGAUGGCUUUUUGUUCUUAUGUUAUCAAGAAUUUAGGUUUUCUACGGUAAAAUAGAAAUGAACUUUAUUUUAGGUAAAAUCAUUUUGCAGGAUUUUGAAUUUGACGAAUUUUACUAAUUUUGCCAAAUGUAGUCAUGAUUGGGCUCUAAGAAAAUGUUACACAAACUUUAUUUUGUGGGAAGAAGCAAAACGGAAACGAGGCUGCGCUUGCUAUGAACCAGACAUGAUGCUGGAUACUUAACUGUAUUUGGUUUUCACAGCCCCUGUGAAGUAGAUAUUCCAACUAUACAGGUUAAGAAAUUGAGGCGCAGAGAGAUUAAAUACCUGUGAGAUUUCAAGCGGAGGAGUAGAAGGUUAACCAGUCCUAGGUGACCAAGGAGUUUAAAAUUAAUUAGGCCCAACUCAGAAGUGGAGUUGCUCCUGUUUGACAAAGAUGUCUAGCUGCUCCAGUGAAGUUGAUGUGAUAAAAACUCGCAUACAUUCUGCCGAUGAUGAGAAUGGGACUCUUUAUGCAUAUGAAUCAAAUCCUACAUAUGUAAAUCAGCAAAGUGCUCAGUCUGACGCAUCCUCUGAAGAGCAACAAAAACCAAUUAUGGAUGUCCUGAGUUAUUGCCAGGUCAUCCAGGAUACUCUUGAAAACAUGGAUAGGAAAUUUGAUGUCAUGAACAUGAAGGUUUCAAAAAUUUACCGUUUUCGUGCAAAUUUAUUCUGGCAAAAUCGCAAGCCACUUGGAUAUGCGUACAAACAUUAUACUAACCUGCUUUCUAGAAGGGUGAAAUAUCAGAAAACGAAGAAGGAUGUGCCUGAUGAGCCUGCUGUGCCUGCUGUGCCUGAUGAGCCUGCUGUGCCUGAUGAGCCUGCUAUGCCUGCUGUGCCUGAUGAGCCUGCUGUGCCUGCUGUGCCUGAUGAGCCUGAUAAUGUGUCUGAAUUUCUUUUCCCUGCUGAUUUGUCUCGUAGUCAUAGUUAUAGCCCAACUGUGCCAGUAAGAAGACCAACAGAUUCCCAGGAUAGCCCUAUGGGUACAUUCUAUCAGUCACAGGAUUCCCUUACUCAGGAUCACCGUUCAUUCUAUGAGGGCCGAGACAUACGCCUUAGCCAGAGUCCAACAUUUCCUGGCUGCUCUGCAUCAUAUCCGUCAGGUUACCCACCCAUUGAUCUAGUGCAGGGGUCCUCUUCCAUGCCCUGCUUUGACAGCCCAAGGGCUCAUGGCACCACCAAUGUUCUCUCAGCUUCUACAUCUGUACCUGCAGCCAUGCCGGGCCAGGGCAGAUCAAGUCCAAGCCAUCAUGAUAUGAUGGCUUACCCAACCUUGACACAAAAUGAGAGCUUUGGCCAUACUGCCUUCGCUACAAGUUCAGCAGUUGAAAAUGACCCAGGUGUACUGCAAUACCCUUACUAUGCAGACCCUGCAGAUUGGUCUGUAGAGGAAGUGAUCCUGUUUCUGAAAGAAGUAGAUCCUCAUACUCUCCUGCCCCUCGCUGACCUCUUCAGGGAACAUGAAAUUGAUGGGAAAGCCAUGCUGUUACUCCACAGUGAGGUUAUGAUGAAGUAUAUGGGGCUGAAGCUCGGGACAGCUCUGAAGUUGUGCCACUACAUUGAAAAGCUUAAAGAAGAAAAAUGCAUCGUUGACAUUUGAGAAAACAUCUGUGUAGAUUUAGAUUGGACUUAAUUCUGGGGAAAACCAUGCUAUCUUGCUGUAAAAUCAUUUUACUGCUCUUAGAAAUAUUUGUGUUGUAGAAGGUUCCUCUAAAAGCUGGUUAUAUCCAGAAUCACAGAGUUACAUUAUAGUCCAGUCUACUUCUUUAGCAACUAUUCAAUGUGUUGUUAUUAGCAUAUUCAAAUGGGCAGUUUCUGUUUAAUCUUUAUUGUUGCCAUAUUGUCAUUUUUACUUCAUAUAAGAAACAGAGAGAAAUACCUUUGACUUUGGUUGAUGUUUAUGUAUAGAACAAAAACAGCUAAAUCCCAAAGAGAAAAUAUUAGGGAUUGACAAGUUCUCUAAUAAAAUCUAUGAGAAGUUUUCCUUAGAAGAAAAUUUAAAGAUAUAACUGCAGAUAUCAUCUCUUUCUCAACUAUUAUAUAUCUGUAAUAGCAGUGUUCUGUUCUACCAGUUUCCAGAAAGGGAAUAACCAUAUAACUUUACUUUUGUUUUUAUUUCUCUAUUUAUUUUCAGUUAAAGAAAAAUUAAUUCUAUAAAGUUUCUAAAGUGUUGUUGCCAGUCAUUUGAUAAAUUAUAAGAUAGAUAGAAUAGUUGUUUUAUGCAAUAGAUAACAGGUGGCAAGCAUAAGGCCCAUGAGAAUCCGGCCCUCCACCUUGUUUUAUCUGGCUCUGCACCUUGUUUCUACGCAGCAGCAGCACUGAGCUCUCGCUUAACUGUUAAGGAGUAGUUACAUUUAUACAGUCCUAAAGUUACAUUCGGCCCUUUGAAGGCAACUGGGAGGCUGAUGUGGCCCCCAGUGAAAAUGAGUUUGACACUCUGCUCUUACACUACAAGUAUGCUUUGGGUGGAGUCUGGCUAUAUGCUAUUUCAUUAAAUAUAUGCUAUUUUAAAACUUUUAAAUAUUUUGUUUUAGCUCUGAUAUUAGCCUUUUGUAGUUCAAAUCGCUCUCUGAAGGUGCCUAUGUCCAAAUUCUUAAAAGAUGCAUAUUCAUGUUAAUGUUUUAUUCUAUAUGUGAAGUUUACAUACAAGUAAGUCUUUAAUUUAAAAUGAUACUUUGCACUUCUACAGAGAUAAAGACUCAUCAUAUAUAGUGAGAUGUCUUAACUCUGUAAAAAAUAUGCACAUCGUUUCCCAUCACUAGUAGCUUUCAGCUCACUCUUCAGAGUUUACAUACAGGAAAGUUCUCUGUCCUGUGCAAUGUUUCUAGUUACUUUGCUUUCUGAGCCAUUUUGUCUCUGAACUAUGGAAGGUACAUUAGUUUGAAUUUAUCAUUUUGGAACUUCUUAUACUGGGAAUUUCAAGCAAAACAUGUUCAUUGUUAUUUAUUACAUUGUUCUAUUGUAUAAUUGUUGUAAUGUCUAUAAGCUAUGACAAUUGGUGCUAAUUGUAUUAGCCAUUUGUUGUAAAUGCCAAUAAUUGUUUGCCAUGGGCCAGAAUGUACAUCUACCUUUUAGGAAACCAAGUGUCCUUUAUAUUUAUAAACAAAUGCAAUUAUUUGCUAGGCAUUUGUAAUCUAAAGAUGGGUUUUAUCUAUGUUAUUACCUCUGUGUUACAAGACAAGAUUCUAAUUUGUACUUUUAAUCUCUCAAAUUGUUUGAGUGAAGAUGGUGUGUCCAGUUGAACAUUUCUCAGGUGUUUAUACAAAUACUAUGUUUUUACAGUUCUCAGAAUUUAAACUAUAAUAAA